AUGAUUGAAGUUGGACAAGCAUGGGUAUCAAGAAGUUGGUUCUUCCCUAUGUGCUGUGAGGGGAUUCAACAUGGUGAACGCAGACAGAUUUUGUUUAUGUUGGUUAUGGAUCUGGAGUCUAUUUCUGGUAUCCCUGCAUUUGCCCUAUAUUUGAUUUUGCAUUGUUUAGAAGUAUUUUCGGGUUAUUUAGCUGUGAAAGUGCCCCUUCCAAAAUUAUCAAAUGCAGAAUUUUACGAUGACUGGGCAGUUCAUAUGAGAGACCAACGUGUAGUUGAAAAAAUUACACGAUCAACAAAUUCUAAGUUUGAUGAUGUUGUUCCAGCUAUUGAAGAAGGGAAUGACAUAUCUCAAAUGUCCUUAGAAAGAUUAAUGGAUUCAUUGUCAUCACACGAACAACGAAUGAAAUAUAGCAACAAUAAUAUUAGUUCUAAUUCUGAGCAUGCUCUACAAAGUAGAGCACAUGUUACUAGAGGUGGAUAUAACAAUAGUCGCGGUCGUGGUCAUGGUCGAGGUCGCGGUCAAGGAAGAGGAGGAACUUAUUUUUCCUCUAAUAAAGAAAAAAACGGAGAAGAACGUCGAUCCAAGUCGCAAUGUCAUCAAGAUGAGCAAGCUAAUGUUGCUGAAGCAGAGCAACCAUUAGUUCUUGCAUUCAAGCAAGGAGCGGAGACUGAAGCAAACAAUAUUUGGUAUCUUGACACUGCUAGUAGUAACCAUAGGACAGGUCAAAAAGAUAUCUUUAGCUUCUUAGAUGAAUUAGUUCAAGGAGAAGUUAAUUUUGGGAAUAAAACAAAGGUCCCUGUGAAAGGUAAAGGUGAUAUUAGUAUUCAUUCUAAGGAUGGUACUAAUGUUACCAUUGUUGAUGUAUUUUAUGUUCCUGAUUUACAUUGGAACUUGUUAAGUUUGGGUCAACUGUCUGAGAAAGGACACAAGAUUGUAUUGGAAGAUGGAGCUUGCCAGAUCAAAGGCAAAAAUGAUAAGACUAUUGCAAGGGUGAAAAUGACAAAGAAUCGCAUGUUUCCUUUGUCUAUUCAUACUAAAUAUUUGAUGAACUUGCAAGCUAUGAUUAAGGAUAGCAACUGGAUAUGGCAUCUUCAUUUAAUUCGGUCAUUUAAAUUUUAA